UCUGGGGAUUCGAGUUUAUAACCUUUAGAGAAUAUUUGGUGCCGAUCUCCAGACAGUAACUUUCUGAACCAUUAACCAAUUCAGGAAACCUUUAACCAAUGUUCAAAGAUGGUCACAUCUUACAAGCUUUCAAACCUUUAAGGAACUUUAAGGGUACAUUUCCUUAAAAUCACAUUGUAGUCAUAAUUAUGAGAUACUAUCAUUAUUAUGAAAUAGCUAAGUCAUAAUUAUGAUACAAAAGUGUUUUUUUGUUGUUUUUUUUUACAUCAGUGGUGGAAAUGGGCUUAUAGGGUAGUAACCACUUCAGGGACUAUUUUAUUGUCAUUUUUAAAAUGUUGCACUGUGAGUGCUGCAACUACCUAUCAGGGAAUUUUAGGGAACAAAAGUAAAUUUGUGAAAGCUGCAACCGACCAUAGUGGUACCUUUUUAAGGGACGUUCCCUAAAUGUCACAUUAUGAAAGUUUUAACCACCUUUCAGGGAACCUUAAGGAACAGUUCCUAUAAAAGUUGCAACGUAGCUUCAUUAAACCUUUCUGGGCGAAAAACUGAAUUAAAAAUCAAGGCUUUACAUUUUACUAAAGCUGGAUUAUGUUCAUAAUUCGUGUUUUUUCUUACCCGGAAACGAAAGGGGCAUUUGAUUCCUUUCAAAGUAAAAGCUGAAAGUUAUUUUGCUUGUUGCAUCACCUCCUUAUGAGUGAACACCAAAGGAAGGUAAAUACAUUCAACAUUGAAAUAUGAAUAAACUCCCUCUUUUUACAAUAAAUGUGUAAAAUCAUUGCAGACCACCGCACUAGCUAGCUUGACCUGGAAGAAGUGUCACCUUUUGACUCUUAAAAAUAAAAUCGCAGUUUAUCAAGCUUAAAUCAUGAUUUAUGCUGAGGAUGAAGACGACGACCCGUUCCCUGUCGAUGAAGACUGCCUGUUCACCGAGACGUUUUCCCAGGAGGUUGUGUACACGCUGAUGGGUGAGGAGCUCCGGAUAAAACAGCUCUUCGGGGCCAACCUCGGCGUGGCUGCUCCGGUCUGGGAAGCUGCGUUGCAUCUAUGCCGUUACUUGGAGGACCAGUCAGUGGAGCUGAGAGGAAGGCGCAUCAUAGAGCUGGGAGCAGGGACUGGGGUGGUCGGUAUUUUGGCUGCUCGUCUGGGUGCAGAGGUGACCCUUACAGACCUCCCUCUGGUUCUCCCACAGCUUCAGGGAAACGUCUUUGCUAACAUCCCCCCCAACGGCUGGCUUUCUGCCCGUCCCGUUGUGCUCCCUCUGUGCUGGGGGGAGGACCACCUAACCUUCCCCUCUGACUGGGAUCUGGUGCUCUGUGCGGACAUCGUCUACCUCCCAGAGACAUACCCUCUGCUGGUGGAGACACUGGCUCAUUUGUGCAAAAACGGAGCCGUGGCGUAUCUCUCAUCCAAAAUGCGCAGAGAGCACCAGACCCAGAGUUUCUACGAGGACCAGCUACCAAGCAGAUUUAACGUGGAGCUUGUGCAACGUGAUGACUAUCAAAAUAAUAAUAUCUACAGGGCGUCUAAAAGAGCCGAGGAGUAACAGAAAGGACAGCUUGAUAAGUGACCGAAUGGAGAGCAAUGAUUUAAUUUAUAAAUGGGUUUAUGCUGGAUAUUUAAAGAAGGCACUUGUUACAGCAAACCGUAUUGUUUUAAUGUGUUUGUAAGUGCAAUUAAACUUUAAACAUACAUAGUGCAGCUUUUUCUUUAACUAAUGCAUUAAUGUUCAGUAUUACCAUGUUUUUACCAGAUUUUAUUAAUGAUUCUUCUGGGAGAGAAAUAAAUCAAAGAGACCUGC